AUGGCCGACGAGACUAUCGCAAAGAAAAUCAAGACUUCUUCUCCUUUGAUUGGGACUCAUAGCGGCCACUUUCAUGCCGAUGAGGCCCUCGCGGUCUAUCUACUCCGACAGCUCCCCACCUACUCUGCCUCUCCCCUCAUUCGUACCAGAGAUCCGGCGCAGCUAGCAACCUGCCACACCGUCGUCGAUGUGGGUGGAGAAUAUGACCCCGCAAACAACCGCUAUGAUCAUCAUCAGCGUAGCUUUUCCACGACCUUCCCCAACCACACUACCAAAUUGUCCUCAGCGGGCUUAGUAUACAUGCAUUUCGGUCGAGCGAUCAUUGCUGAACACACGUCAUUGCCGGUGGAUCACCACGAUGUGAACUUACUGUACGAAAAGCUGUACACAGAUUUUAUCGAAGCCAUUGAUGCCAACGACAAUGGCAUUUCAGCUUAUGAUCCCACUGAAAUAUCUGCUGCUAAUCUCCAGAAGCGCUUCAAGGAUGGUGCCAUCACCAUCACAUCGGUGGUGGGCGACAUGAAUAACCCCGACCCGACCUGCCCACCCGGGGAGCUUCAAGAUGAGGACAGUCUCUUUGGCCGAGCAAGUACCUUCAUUGGAAACGUUUUCACUCGCAAACUGCACCACGCCAGUACGUCGUGGUUACCUGCACGCACUACUGUAGGAAAUUCCUACCGUUCCCGCCGCGACGUUCAUCCUUCCGGCCGUAUCAUUGUUCUCCCUCAAGGCGGUGUGCCAUGGAAAGAGCAUUUAUAUAACUUCGAAAAGGAAGCGUCGGGAUCCGAUAAGACCAAUCCCAGAGAAGAUGUGUAUUACGUUCUUUACCCCGAGAGUGCUACUGAGGGAUCUAAAUGGCGCGUGCAGUGCGUGUCAGUGAAUGAAACUAGCUUUGUGUCCAGAAAACCUCUGCCAGAGACCUGGCGUGGUGUUCGCGAUGCAGAUCUCGACGGUGUUAUGGCUGCAGAAGCCGAGGAAACCGGCAAGCCCAAGAUCCCUGAGGGUGCAGUUUUUGUCCAUGCCAGUGGUUUCAUCGGUGGCCAUAAGACCAAGGAAGGCGCAUUUGCGAUGGCGGUCCGUGGCUUGGAACAAUAG